AUGGCAUACAGAGAAGUCAAUUUAGAGGAGGAGAAUCCAUUUUCAAAGCUUGUUACAGGGCAGACGAUCGUGGAAAUCCCGCGGUUCGAGUUGGAGUGUGGCGAAGUAAUUACAAAAGUGCCUGUGGCGUAUAAGACGUGGGGAAAACUCAAUAAGGAAGGCAGUAACUGCAUGAUAAUCACGCAUGCACUCACCGGGUCGGCGGAUGUGUCCGAUUGGUGGGGGCCGUUGCUAGGCAAGGGCAAGGCUUUCGACCCAAGCAAGUUUUUCAUCAUCUGCCUAAAUUCUUUGGGCUCUCCGUACGGUUCGGCAUCACCUGUGACGACCGAUUGGGAAUACGGCGGCCGAUAUGGUCCCGAGUUCCCUCUGUGCACUAUCCGGGAUGAUGUGCGGAUCCACAAGCUGGUUCUAGACUCGUUGGGCGUGAAGAAAGUGCCGAUUUGCAUCGGUGGCUCGAUGGGUGGAAUGCUAGCCCUAGAAUGGAUGUUUGUAGACGAUGGAAAGUAUGUAGAGAACGUGGUGGCACUCGCGACAAGUGCAAAACACUCUGCCUGGUGCAUCUCCUGGGGAGAGGCCCAAAGGCAGUGCAUCUAUUCGGAUCCCAAGUACAACGACGGCUAUUAUUUGCUGGACGACCCGCCUAUAAACGGAUUGGGGGCUGCCCGGAUGGCUGCUUUGCUCACUUACCGGUCUCGCAACUCGUUUGAGUCCAGAUUCGGUCGGCAGGCGCCAACUGAGAGGCAGAAGGCCAAGAGUCUUGGCAACAGCCACCAAGAAACCGUUGAAAGCGACGAGUCGGCCAUAGACGACCAAUCUGCGGGCUCCAGUCUUGUCAGAGAGGAAAACUGGAAGGUGCACAACGAUGGGUCUGCCAGAAAGAAGUCUUUUGAGGAGUAUCACUCCAGGGCCCCGUCAACAGACACCGUGAAUGUGAUUUCUGCCCAGCAAAACGACACUUUGGGCACCAGCCCUGCUCUUGGCACCAACAAAACCAGCCCAACUGCCUCUUCCAGGUCUUCCCGCUCGUCUUCAGUGUCUGGGAGACGCCACAGAAUGCCUAGACACUACUUUUCGGCCCAGUCGUACCUCCGGUACCAGGCAAACAAGUUUGUUGGCCGGUUCGAUGCCAACUGCUAUAUUUCAAUCACGCGAAAGCUUGACACACACGAUGUUGGCCGUGACAGGCCUCAGUAUGACAAUGAUGCAGCCAAGGCUCUCGAAAGCCGCAAGCAACCCACUAUGGUGAUCGGAAUCUCAUCGGACGCUCUUUUCACGCUCAGCGAGCAGAUAUUCAUUGCAAAGCAUCUCCAGAACUCGACAAUCCACAAAAUCAACUCGAACGAGGGCCAUGAUGCGUUUCUCUUGGAGUUCAAGGAGAUAAACGGCCUUAUUCUGGAUUUCGAGAAUAAGCACUUGAAGAAUAUCAUGCAGGCCGAGGGAAAUAACGCGGAGUGGGACGAUGCCAACAUCAACGACGGAAAGAAGGAGAGUGUGUUUGGUGAGGCUGAGGAUGUGGCUAGUUGGUGA